AGACGUUGACAAUGACAUCGACAGACGUCAAAAAAGAUAACCUUAAAAAUACAUUAGUGUUUUUAAAUUUCAAUUUAGACAUUGUAUAUAGAUAUUUAAAAAAUACGUGAGAUAUAUUUAUUAUGGAAGACAUAGAUGAUAGAGAGCAAAAAGAAACUGGUCCAAUUGAGAAUGCUUGGGCUAUGAAAACACCCAAGUUUACACAAGAGGACAAUCCACAUGGGCUAUUAGAAGAAAGUAAAUUCGCUACUCUAUUUCCAAAAUAUCGAGAACAAUAUCUAAAAGAAUGCUGGCCUUUAGUACAGAAGAUUUUAAAAGAUCAUCAUAUAAUAGCUGAAUUAGAUCUUAUAGAAGGAAGUUUAACUGUGAAAACAACACGAAAAACUUGGGAUCCAUAUAUCAUUAUUAAAGCAAGGGAUUUUAUGAAAUUGUUAUCUCGUAGUGUUCCAUUUGAACAAGCAGUUAGAGUGUUAGACGAUGAGAUAGGUAGUGAUAUUAUAAAAAUCAAUUCAUAUGUAAGAAAGAAAGAAACAUUUUUAAAAAGGCGCCAGCGACUUAUUGGGCCCAACGGUGUAACGCUGAAGUCAAUUGAAUUGCUAACCGAUUGCUAUGUCCUAGUACAAGGUAAUACAGUGUCAGCAGUCGGCCCAUAUAAAGGACUCGUACAGGUGAGAAGAAUAGUCGAGGAUACAAUGAAAAACAUACAUCCAAUGUAUAAUAUUAAAAGUCUAAUGAUCAAAAGAGAGUUGAUGAAAGAUUCGAGGCUCAAAAAUGAAAGCUGGGAUCGCUUUCUACCUAAGUUCAAAAGUAAAAAUGUUCCAAGGAAACAACCUAAAAAUAAAGUCAAAAAGAAACCAUAUACUCCAUUCCCACCACCUCAGACUGAGAGCAAAAUUGAUCGUGAGUUGGCUUCGGGUGAAUAUUUCCUGAAAGAUGAACAGAAAAAAGCAAAGCGGCUCUAUGACAAAGAUGAAAAACAAUUGCAAGCCAAGAAAGCAAGACAAGAGGAGAGGAAAAAGGACUUUAUACCGCCAGAGGAAAAAGUUGCUACCCCAUCUAAAACUCUAGAAGAGCCUAUAAUCAAUAUUGAUCAGUUUAAAGCAAAAAUGAAAAAAGUUUCAAAGCUUAAUAAAUCUAUGACUAAGAAAUGAUAGCUUUAAAAUUCAAUGUAAAUACUAUCUCUGUAAUACAUUAUUUUUAUUUUGAAGUCUGUAUUUUUUGUGAAAUUAAACUUAUCUGAAUCAGGUACAA